GCCUCCGGUCACGUGACGGCGGCCCAGGUGAGCACCGCUUCCGGGGUCGGGAGCCUGCUUCGCCGCCGGCUCGGGUUUUCCACUCAGUCGGGUGCACCCUCCGGAGAGGGAGACUAUGGCGUCCUCCUCUGUCCCGCCGGCUACCGUAUCGGCGGCGACAGCGGCCCCGGGCCCGGGUUUCGGCUUCGCCUCCAAAACCAAGAAGAAGCAUUUCGUGCAGCAGAAGGUGAAGGUGUUCCGGGCGGCCGACCCGCUGGUGGGCGUGUUCCUGUGGGGCGUAGCCCACUCGAUCAAUGAGCUCAGCCAGGUGCCUCCCCCAGUGAUGCUGCUGCCAGAUGACUUUAAGGCUAGCUCCAAGAUCAAGGUCAACAAUCACCUUUUCCACAGGGAAAAUCUGCCUAGUCAUUUCAAGUUCAAGGAGUAUUGCCCCCAGGUCUUCAGGAACCUCCGUGAUCGAUUUGGCAUUGAUGACCAAGAUUACUUGGUAUCCCUUACCCGAAGUCCCCCAAGUGAAAGUGAAGGCAGUGAUGGUCGCUUCCUUAUCUCCUAUGAUCGAACUCUGGUCAUCAAAGAAGUAUCCAGUGAGGACAUUGCUGACAUGCAUAGCAACCUCUCCAACUACCACCAGUACAUCGUGAAGUGCCAUGGCAACACACUGCUGCCCCAGUUCCUGGGGAUGUACCGAGUCAGCGUGGACAGCGAAGACAGCUACAUGCUUGUGAUGCGCAACAUGUUUAGCCACCGUCUUCCUGUGCACAGGAAGUAUGACCUCAAGGGCUCCCUAGUGUCCCGAGAAGCCAGCGAUAAGGAAAAGGUUAAAGAAUUGCCCACCCUUAAGGAUAUGGAUUUUCUCAACAAGAACCAGAAAGUUUAUAUUGGUGAAGAGGAGAAGAAAGUAUUUCUAGAGAAGCUAAAGAGAGACGUGGAGUUCCUAGUGCAGCUGAAGAUCAUGGACUACAGCCUUCUGCUGGGCAUCCAUGACAUCAUUCGGGGCUCGGACCCAGAGGAGGAGGGACCUGUGCGGGAGGAGGAGUCAGAGGGGGAUGGGGACUGUAGCCUGACGGGACCACCUGCGCUCGUGGGCUCCUAUGGCACCUCCCCUGAGGGUAUUGGCGGCUACAUCCAUUCUCAUCGGCCCCUGGGCCCUGGAGAGUUUGAGUCCUUCAUUGAUGUCUACGCCAUCCGGAGUGCUGAGGGGGCCCCCCAGAAGGAGGUGUAUUUUAUGGGCCUCAUUGACAUCCUGACACAAUAUGAUGCCAAGAAGAAAGCAGCUCAUGCGGCCAAAACCGUCAAACACGGGGCUGGGGCAGAGAUCUCCACUGUGCAUCCUGAGCAGUACGCUAAGAGAUUCCUGGAUUUUAUUACCAACAUCUUUGCCUAAGAGACUGCCUGACUCCAUGCUGACUGCUGCUUUAUGUUCAAGGUGGCAGGGUUGUGAGAGGCUUAGGGGAAUUGUGGAAUGUUGACCACUGUUUCUUCUCUUCCUCCUUUGUUAAAUACUAGCUACAGGCUCCUUCCAUUCAGAUAACUCCAUCUUGUUGAGUAGGCUCUUCCUGGCCCUCAGAAAUACAUUGUCCUAUCUCCCCCUGUCUAGUUUUCUUCCUUCUCUCUCUCCCCCCGCCCCAACAAGUCUGCUUGCUUCAUGAGAGUGUUAAUGUUGACUCACUCCCAAGUGCCUUGAUCUUUGUACAUGUCCUGUUGUUUCUAUAACAUACGAGGUGAUGGGGGAAGGGGGUUCUCUGCCAUCUUCAGGACCUGACUGGACAGAUGGACCUGGCUCAAGAAGCUACUCCGGAUGCACUCUGCUGCAUGGGAUAAACUAAGAGUGUCUGAAUUUUGCUGAUAACUUUAUAGAACUCACUGUGGCAUGCCUCCUUCCCAGGAGGCCCUGGGAAGGAGGACUUUCAAGAUACUACAGUUGUGGGUGCUGGCAUGCACAUAUGUGAUGGGAUGUGGCCCAUCUUACACACACAUGGGGUGGAGAGUGGCGAGCCGGCUGGCACCUCACAGAGGUGGGAUCCAGGAGGACUCGUGAUUAUGUGGGGAACUGGAGGUCUUUGUCAAGAAUUGACUGCUCUCCAACCUCUUCCCUCACCCCACUUCCGCCCCCCACCCCAGUACUUUGGGCACAAGAGCCCAGAGAUGACCAAAGUGUUCAAGUCUGGGUGAAGAUGUUUGUUGCUGCUCUUCACCAGGACCUCCCAUGCCUCUUGGGGCUGGAACCCUUCAGUGGGGGUGUGGGCAGUUCUGGAGGCUGGGGCGAUGGGCCAGGGAAUAAGGUUCAUUCCCAGUGCUAGAUUUCCUUUCUUCAUGUCUAGCCAUCCCUGAGGUUUUAUUCCCAGCAGGGGGGAAUAUCUGUACCCGGGUCAACCCUGGUCAUUUCAAGAGGAUGAAGGUCUCCAGUGUGGGGGCCUCCAUUCUCAUCGGCCCCUGGGCCCUGGAGAGUUUGAGUCCUUGGAGGUGUGCGCCUAACAUAUUUCCUUCCCAGCCCCUUCUCAAACCCUUUUUCCAGUUGGAUUUGUCACUCUGUUCCUUUCUUUCUCGUCCCAUACCGCUACUGUGUCUCCCAGGGGACAGAUGGCCUUCUUUGUCAUCUUCACUCUCCACCCCCAGAGAGGAGUCAGAGCCAUAACUCAAUCACCCGGCCUCCUCCAAAGAGUCGAAAUGACACGUGAUAGUCUCAGAAUGUAGAGGACCCUGAUGAACCAGAUAGUGGCCUCCCCUCCCCCUAAUGCCUCUGGGGCUAAGGCAGCCAUUCUUGCUACCCUCCAUCCCCCUUACGGCUUCUACGCUUUUUUUUUUUUUUUUUUAACAUAAAGAUGGGCACCAGCGACUGGCCUGUGGGGAUGCAAAGAUUCUUUGCUCUGUAUCUAGCUGGACUGAUCUCACAAGAAGUCAUGCAGUCAUAAAAGAGACUUCCUUUCUCUCCUCCAUCUUCUGCUCCAGAGGAAGUAACAAGAGGAGUCCACGGCUAAAGAUUAGAGCCCCUAUAAUAUCUCCCGUCAGGGGCCUGAUGAUCUCUCUCAUUCCAACCGUCUACCUUUCCCCUGUUGAAUGCAAUAAAACUCCGUGACACCAGCAGCUGUUGCUCUUUAGAAAUUGGUUUUCUGACCAUGUGGCUGAUGUAUCAUGAGCAGUAUGGUCUUCAUUUGUUGCUUCUGUUUUUCAUCUUUUUUGUUUUAUUAAUUAAUAAAAAAGAUCUUGUGUAUUUAC